CAUAACACCAGACCGGGAGGGUUCUGCUCCCCAACCGGCGCCACCGAAACCCCUUGACGGCCGGACCGCCGCUGCCGCUGCCGCUGCCGCCCGUCGCCGCGCCCCUCCUCGGCGUCCACCGGCAGGACUCCAUAGUAUUACGGCAUCCCCUUCACACCCGCUUCCAUCAGGCGGUGGGCAUCUCGCGGUGUUCACCAGCAGGGGGGAGGGGGGCUCGAUUCGGCUGCUGAGAGCUGAGGGAGGAGCGGCCAAGAUGUCGGAUUUCCAGACCUCCACGCACCGGGAGCGGUGGAUCUUCCAGCCGCAGGACCUGGUGAAUAAGUGGACGACGGCGAACCGGCGUUCAGCGGAGAUCCUCGCCCAAUAUGGGACGACGCGAUUGAAGGUGGACCCUGUUGAUGGCUCGAUAUCGAACCCAGAACCCGUGCCCGACCAUGUUGUUGGGAGCUCGAGUGUGAAGCCUCUAUCCUGCGAAGAGGAGCAAGUGAUGCGGAUAUUUUACGAGCAAAAGAUUCAAGAAGUGUGCAGAGCAUUCAAAUUCCCCCAUAAAAUUCAGGCUACAGCGAUCAUAUAUUUCAAGAGAUUCUAUCUACAGUGGUCUGUAAUGGAGCACCACCCAAAGCAUAUUAUGUUAACUUGUGUAUAUGCUUCUUGCAAAGUGGAAGAAAAUCAUGUUUCUGCUGAGGAACUUGGCAAAGGGAUUCAGCAGGACCACCAGAUCAUUCUAAAUAAUGAGAUGAUUGUUCUGAAAUCUUUAGAUUUUGAUUUGAUCGUUUAUGCUCCAUAUCGUUCUAUCGAAGGAUUUAUUGAUGACAUGGAUGAUUUUUGUAGGGCAGGUAAUGGUGCACACCAACGGUUGAAGGAUUUGCAUCAAACUGCGAAUUCUGAGGUUGACACAAUGAUGUUGACUGAUGCACCUCUUCUCUAUACUCCUGGACAGUUGGCUUUGGCUGCUCUGUACAAGUCCAACAGUGCACUCAGUGUCCUCGAUUUUGAAAGAUACUUGGAAAGUGUUUUUUCAAGGCAACACUUUGAUUGUCCUGUCGAACAAUUUAUUCAGAUAAUCAGUUCAAUCAAUCACCUGGUUAGCCAGCUUCAACUACCUGGUACGAAAGAAAUGAGGCAUGCUGAUCGCAAGCUGAAGCAUUGUUUGGAUCCAAGCUCAAGCUCUCAUGAUGACCACAAGAAGAAAGAAAAGAAGUCAAAGCACAAAUCGAAAAGGACUGCCAGUGAUGCCCAGCUCAACAGCUAGAAAUCGUGCAGUUGGACAGCUGUGCUGUGUAAGAAAUCGUGCAGUUGGUGGCAAGGACUUGUACUGUGCUAGGCGCGUUAGCUGCUUUAUCAUGCAACCAAGUUCUACUCAAGCUCUUCGAUUGAUGCGAUUUCAAUUCCGACUUUAUCCAGCCAUCGGAUCAGUGAUGCUGAGCGGAUCUCCUCACCAGCCUAAGUCUUGGCUAAGGACAGACAGUUUUCGGAUGAGGCGCCUUACUGUAACCUUGCACGUCCUGCGCCAGCGAGUGCUGUGCUUUUUGUAACUCAAUAAUUUUAUUAUUAGGGAGGCUUAAAUCUUGGGCGCGAGGGGAGAGAAACUUUGAGGUGUAAAACAUUAUUACUAGAGUAACUUAGGGCCUGUUUGGUUUCAAAUAAGUCACCAACUUAUAAGUCGAAAAAUGAAAAAAUGACUUAUUUUGCCAAACAGACCCAACUUAUAAGUCACCCCAACUUAUAAGUCAUAAGUUGCUCUACCCCAACUUAAAACUUAUAAGUCACCCCCUUUUGCGUGGGUCCCACCACCUUUACAUUAAAAAACAAGGUGGGAAGGUGUGGUCAGAUGACUUAUAAGUCAGGUGACAAUCAAACAGGCGUGACUUAUAAGUCACUGGUUUUAAGUCACCUGGCUUAUGACUUAUUGGAACCGAACAGGCCCUUAGUUCUCCGGCACAUGGGGAGACAACAUUGAAGGAUAUGCUAUUUUUUGUCUUGGGAGAAUGAUACAAGGCUGGCUUGAUGAUUGUCAGUCACCCUUUGUAUCCUUCGCAUUUAUCCCAAAGACUCCUAAUGCCAAAUUCAGAUGCAUCA